GCCGGCGCUGAGCUGUCCUUUCUGGGCGCGGAGGCUGCUGGGACAGGGCUCACUGGCGGCGGUGGAGUGGCUUGGGUCUGCUCGGCUCGGCUCGGCAGAAUCUGUCUGAUUCCAUGGCGACAUAUCUGGAAUUUAUUCAGCAAAAUGAAGAGCGAGAUGGGGUGCGUUUCAGCUGGAACGUGUGGCCCUCCAGCCGUUUGGAGGCCACAAGAAUGGUUGUGCCCUUGGCGUGUCUGCUGACCCCAUUGAAGGAACGUCCAGACCUGCCGCCUGUACAGUAUGAACCAGUGCUUUGUAGCAGGCCAACUUGCAAAGCAGUACUGAACCCACUUUGUCAAGUGGAUUAUCGAGCCAAGCUCUGGGCUUGUAACUUCUGUUUUCAGAGAAACCAGUUUCCUCCUGCAUAUGCAGGCAUAUCUGAGGUGAAUCAGCCAGCAGAACUUAUGCCUCAGUUUUCCACCAUCGACUACAUUGUUCAGCGGGGUCCUCAGACACCGCUCAUCUUCCUUUAUGUAGUUGACACGUGUUUGGAAGAGGAGGACUUGCAGGCACUGAAGGAAUCCCUGCAGAUGUCCUUGAGCCUAUUGCACCCAGAUGCUCUGGUGGGGCUGAUCACUUUCGGCAGAAUGGUCCAGGUUCAUGAGUUGAGCUGCGAAGGGAUUUCCAAAAGCUAUGUGUUCAGGGGGACCAAAGAUCUGACAGCUAAGCAGAUACAGGAUAUGUUGGGUCUUACAAGGCCAGCUGUCCCUGUUCAGCAGGGAAGACCUCUUCAACCUCAGGAACAGCCAGUUAUUUCAAGCAGGUUUCUGCAGCCUAUACACAAGAUUGACAUGAACCUGACAGAUCUGCUCGGGGAGUUGCAAAGGGACCCAUGGCCAGUGACUCAGGGAAAGAGACCCUUGCGAUCGACUGGAGUAGCUCUAUCGAUUGCUGUUGGUUUAUUGGAGGGCACAUUUCCAAACACAGGGGCCAGAAUAAUGUUGUUUACAGGUGGUCCACCCACACAAGGACCUGGCAUGGUAGUAGGAGAUGAACUGAAAACCCCCAUUCGUUCCUGGCAUGACAUAGAGAAGGAUAAUGCACGGUUCAUGAAAAAGGCCACAAAGCAUUAUGAGACUCUGGCUAAUCGCACUGCAGCCAAUGGUCACUGCAUUGAUAUUUACGCUUGCGCUCUUGAUCAAACUGGCCUUCUGGAGAUGAAGUGUUGUACAAACCUCACUGGGGGUCACAUGGUGAUGGGAGACUCCUUCAACACUUCUCUCUUCAAGCAGACAUUCCAGCGAGUUUUCAGCAAAGAUUUCAAUGGGGAAUUUCGAAUGGCAUUUGGUGCCUCUCUAGACGUGAAGACUUCAAGGGAGCUGAAGAUUGGAGGGGCUAUUGGACCAUGCAUCUCUCUAAAUGCUAAAGGGCCGUGUGUCUCUGAAAAUGAACUUGGUAUUGGAGGAACUUGCCAGUGGAAAAUUUGUAGCCUGGAUCCCAACACAACCCUUGCUAUUUAUUUUGAAGUGGUGAAUCAGCACAAUGCGCCAAUACCUCAGGGUGGCAGAGGUGCUGUGCAGUUUGUCACUCAGUAUCAACACUCCAGCACGCAGAAGCGCAUCCGAGUUACCACGAUAGCCAGAAAUUGGGCAGAUGCACAGAAUCAGCUCCAGCAUAUAGAAGCUGCAUUUGACCAGGAAGCUGCUGCUGUACUAAUGGCACGACUGGGAGUCUACAGAGCAGAAACAGAAGAGGGACCAGAUGUAUUGAGGUGGCUGGACAGACAGCUGAUCAGACUGUGUCAGAAGUUUGGACAAUACAACAAGGAUGAUCCAAAUUCUUUCAGAUUAUCGGAUUCAUUUUCCCUGUAUCCCCAGUUUAUGUUCCAUUUGCGGCGAUCUCCAUUCCUUCAAGUAUUUAAUAACAGCCCAGAUGAAUCUUCCUAUUACCGCCAUCACUUUGCCCGACAAGAUUUGACCCAGUCUCUCAUCAUGAUCCAGCCCAUUCUUUAUUCCUAUUCUUUCUAUGGACCACCUGAGCCUGUGCUCUUGGACAGCAGCAGCAUUCUCGCUGACAGAAUUCUGUUGAUGGAUACUUUCUUCCAGAUUGUUAUCUACCUUGGUGAGACUAUUGCACAGUGGCAGAAAGCUGGCUACCAAGACAUGCCCGAAUAUGAAAACUUCAAGCAUUUGCUGCAAGCCCCUCUGGAUGAUGCCCAGGAAAUCUUGCAGACUCGGUUCCCAAUGCCACGUUAUAUUAACACAGAGCAUGGAGGCAGUCAGGUAAGGCAGAAAUUGUCAGUGAGUGAUUGGUAUGCUUGAAUAAAGGAAAUUCCA